CUGUGUUGAAACAAGAACAAUGAAGAGAAUUAUGAACGGUGUCACAUGUUCUAUGUACAUUUUUAUCUUAUAUCUCUUACACCUACAACUAAUUGCAAUUGCAGAUAAUGUUAGUUAUGUUCCCUCAGAGAACAUAGUUCUCAACUGUGGGUCUAACACAUCAAAACUUGUACAAAAUGAUGGUAGGUACUGGAAUGGUGACAUUGCUUCACCAUAUGUUUCCUCUAAUGCUAACACCAAGUCCCUAAUAGCUAGAGCCCCUAACACUCUUCAAUAUAUUCCUGAAGUUCCCUAUAUGACUGCUAGGAUCUUCAGGUCUCAAUUCACCUACAAAUUCAAUGUAACCUCAGGUCCAAAAUUCAUUCGCCUUCACUUCCACCCAGCUUCCUAUACGGAUCUCAAUAUCUCCAAUGCUUUUUUAUCAGUCAGUGCAGGUAACUUCACUCUUCUCCAUAACUUCAGUGUUUCCCUCAACGCUGAUUACUUCAACUUAUCAUAUUUCAUGAAAGAAUUCAUUGUCUAUGUAAGUGGGAGUACUUUGGAACUCACUUUCACUCCAUCAUAUAAUGAUUCUGAUGCCUAUGCAUUUGUGAAUGGAAUUGAGGUUGUUUCAAUGCCACUUGAUUUAUAUAUUUGUGGUGAUGAUGCACCUCUUCCCUUAGUUGGCCAUGAUCCCAAAAUUGUGUACAUUUAUAAUGAUUCUGCAAUGGAAAACUUGUACAGAUUGACUGUAGGAGGUGAGCAAAUCUCACCCAAAUAUGACACUGGGAUGUUUCGCACUUGGGACACCGAUGAGCAUUACAUUUUUGGGGCUAACAUAGGUAUUCAACCCUCUAAUAUGGCCAUGCCAGUUUUGUUUGCAAAUAAUGCUCCAACAUAUACUGCCCCAGAAGAUGUCUACCGCACUUCUCGUUCAAUGGGUCCCUUAGGAAGUGGCAUUGUUAAUUUAAAUUACAAUCAAACGUGGUUUUUUCCUGUUGAUUCUGGCUUCAAUUAUCUAGUUAGGCUUCACUUCUGUGAAGUUGAUUAUGAUAUAACAAAGGUCAAUGAAGUAGUUUUCUCCGUGUUUCUAAAUAAUCAAACCGCUGAAACAUAUGUUGAUCCAAUUGCAAUGGGUGGGGGACCUGGAUUUGCUAUCCAUCGAGACUACGUCGUGAUGGUUCCCCAAAUUAAUGAGGGAAAGCAAGAUCUGUGGCUUGAUCUACACCCAAACAAGGAUUCUAAACCUAUGUACUACAAUGCUUACGUGAAUGGUGUGGAGAUCUUUAAACUUAGCACUUUUGAUGAGAAGAAUCUUGCAGGGCUUAACCCUUCUCCAAGGAACUCUAAAUCAAGUGUAAUUGUUAAGGCUCCCCAUGUUGCAAAGUUUAAUAAAAAAAAGAAAUUCACUAUCAUCCUCACUGGAUGUGGAUUUUUUGCAGUGGCACUAUCAAUUCUGUUGUAUUUUGUUCCACACAGGUCAAAGGUGAUUAGGUGUAGAAGGAUCAUGUCAUGGUGCGGUCUUGCUCUCCAUAUACCUAAUCAAAUUGAAAAGGCAAAGAAAUCAUCAUUUUGCUGUCAUUUUUCAAUGAAAGAGAUAAAAGUAGCAACCAAUGACUUUGAUGAGGCUCUACUUAUUGGCACUGGUGGGUUUGGCAGUGUUUACAAAGGUAGUUUUGAUGGUGGUGCAACUUUUGUAGCCAUAAAACGUGCCAAUCCAAUGUCAGAGCAAGGUGCUUCAGAAUUUGAGGCAGAAGUUCUUUUGCUCUCAAAGCAUCGGCACAACAACCUAAUCUCACUUUUGGGUUAUUGCAAUGAAGAAGGAGAGAUGAUACUGGUCUACGAUUUCAUGGCAAAUGGAACUCUCUAUGGUCAUCUUCAUAUGAGGCAGGGAGAUCAACCCCCUUUGACUUGGAUUCAACGUCUUGAGAUAUGCAUUGGAGUUGCAAAGGGUUUGCACUACCUACACACUGGCACAAAGCACAGUAUCAUCCACCGUGACAUAAAGACAACUAACAUACUCUUAGAUCAUAACUGGGUGCCCAAAAUUUCGGAUUUUGGAUUGUCAAAGGCAAGUUACCCUUCCAUAAUCACCACCAACGUCAAGGGAAGUAUUGGUUACCUUGAUCCAGAAUACUAUCAAUGCCACAAGUUGACUGAAAAAUCUGAUUUAUACUCACUUGGGGUGGUGCUAUUGGAGGUGCUAAGUGCAAGACUUGCUGUAAGCCAAGGUGAAGAUGAUGAGCAAGUAAACUUGGCUGAAUGGGUUAUGUCGUGCUUUGAGAAUGGAAGUGUAGAGCAAAUAAUGGAUCCCAGUAUAGAAGGAAGCAUAGUUAAAGAGUGCUUUGAGUUAUAUUUAGGAGUUGCAAUGAAAUGUGUGGCUGAAAGUGGGGUGGAGAGACCAUCCAUCGGUGAAGUUCUGCAGAGCCUUGUUCAGGCUAUGCAUUGUCAGAAAAAUGCUAGUACUACUCAAGAUGUAAAUGUAAAUAGGAACUACAAUUCAGGUUUACAGGGUAAUUCAGACUUGACACCGGGGGUUGAGUUUUCUGAUAUCAUGAUGCCUAUAGGUCGGUGAAUGUGAUCUUUUGGAAACAAAUUGCAUUGAUGCUGUUAGGUUCUAAGACUUCUAAUUUAGCAUUGUUUGAGUUGAGUUAUUAGUUUGCAUAAAAUGAACAAUACUUCGUUAGCAGAAACAUCAGCAGUGCGUGCCAAAAGAAAAGACUAAUUCCUAUUUUGUGAAAAAGUUACGUAUCUUAGACACUAACGAUACUGCAAAUUGCACUACACCCUCUUGUACAUAUUAUGUAUCAUAAAUACAUCAAUAUAACAUG